UGUUUGAUCAUGACUUCUCUGGUCAUCCCCUUCUUCCAGUGUCCCCCUCUUAUCACCUGAUGAGACAUAUCAUGUGGAGACACUCUUCACAUGCUCAAUUUGGUGUGUAUUGCUAGAAAGAGUCCAUGUAAUCAGCACAGGGCCAAUCAGCACUGUCCAGACAGAGGUCAAGGGUUCUGCAUCCUCCUAGAGCAGAAAGAAAACUCCUCCUACAAGCUUUAACAUAUGCCCUGCUGGACACUGAUAGAAGUCACAAGACUGCUCCAACUGCUGAAGAGAAAAGGUAUUUAGCAGCUUAUAUUUACUAA